CAAGGCCUAAAACAUUUAUGAGUAGCAAAGAAUUUGCCAGUGCAGAGUGCUGGCACUGACGAGCUCGGGGCCAAAUAUACUCAUUCUUCUUCUGUGGAAAUCUUAAAUUAGGGUUGCGGUUAGGGUUCAAGAUGCCUCGUUACAGUGGAAAAGAUGACAGGAGAUCAAUACCGUACGAUUCGUCCAAAGAUCGGAGUUCUCGUCAUCAUAAGGACGAAUUUCUUGAGUUAGAUGACAAAAGAUUAAAGAGAAGAGAGUGGAAUCAAGAUAGGACGAACUAUUCCAGAGACCAUGGGAACAGUUCGAGAAAUUACAGAGGAAGAAGCAAAUAUGAGGAUCAUGGUCGUCCACGGAAUUAUGAAUUUGGCAGGCAUCAUAAUUAUGACAAGGACAGAGAAAAGCAUCAUAGACAAAGAUCACCCUCUCGGUCAGAUGAUGAAUCUCAUAAGCAAUCUAGAUCUUUGUCAAAUUCUCCUUCUCGUCCACGGAGCAAGCGGACAACUGGCUUUGACAUGGCUCCACAAUAUACUGCUCCAUUGCUUGGAGUCUCAGAACAAUUGAAAGGGUUUCCCCUAGCUCCUGAAGCAGUCUCUGGAAUGUUUCAUAGCAUGUUUACCUCUGAGACAACUCAGGUUAACCAGUUGGGUUACAGUCCAUUGUUGCCAAUCCAAGCCAUGAGUCAGCAGGCUACAAGGCAUGCACGUCGAGUGUAUGUUGGUGGCCUUCCACCAUUGGCUAAUGAGCAGACAAUUGCAAAGUUUUUCAGCUUUAUUAUGACUGCAAUUGGAGGAAAUUCUGCUGGUACAGGUGAUGCGGUUGUAAAUGUGUACAUUAAUCAUGAAAAGAAGUUUGCAUUUGUGGAGAUGAGAACUGUUGAAGAAGCAAGUAACGCUAUGGCGCUUGAUGGAAUUGUGUUCGAGGGUGUUUCUGUAAGAGUUCGAAGACCUACAGACUAUAAUCCUUCAUUGGCUGCAGUGCUUGGUCCCAGCCAACCAAGCCCUCACCUCAAUUUAGCUGCUGCUGGACUUACACCAGGCAUUACUGGUGAAACCGAGGGAGCUGAUCGUAUAUUUCUUGGUGGGGUACCGUACUAUCUCUCUGAAACCCAGAUAAAAGAAUUGUUGGAGUCUUUCGGGCCUUUGCGUGGUUUUGACCUUGUUAAAGAUAGGGAGACAGGGAAUUCCAAAGGAUAUGGUUUCUGCAUCUAUAAGGAUCCUGCUGCAACAGAUAUUGCUUGUGCUGCUUUAAAUGGCUUAAAAAUGGGUGAUAAAACCCUGACUGUUCGCCGGGCGACCAUGAGCGGGCAUGUGAAAACAGACCGGGAGGAUUUGUUAGCUCAGGCACAGCAGCAUAUAGCCAUGCAGAAGGAAACGGCUUUUGGAGCUGGCCUUAUGAAUCUUUCGGGCGUGGAAAGUGAAGUAAUGAUAACUGCAGAAACUCCAUCAAAGGUUUUGUGCUUAACGGAGGUAAUUAGUACAGACGAGUUGAUGAAUGAUGGAGAAUAUGAAGAAAUUCUUGAGGAUAUGAAAGAAGAAGGCCAAAAGUUUGGAGAGUUGAUUGAUGUUGUAAUUCCGCGGCCUAUACCAAAUGCCACCCUAAGUCAUGGUCUUGGAAAGGUCUUUUUGGAGUAUUCUGAUACCGCUGGUUGUUCUAAAGCAAGGGCUGCACUUAGUGGCAGGAAAUUUGGAGGCAAUACUGUGAGUGCUGUAUAUUAUCCAGAAGACAAAUAUUAUGACAGAGACUAUGCUUCAUGACUUCAUAUACACUUAUCUUUUGUGCUCUAAUUUGGAGGUUAUAGUGUUUGUAAUUAACAAGGCUAAGUAAAACUCGCGCACAAUUGUAAAAGAUGUACUUCUCAAUGAUUAAAAACAUUUUGUAAAUGGCCAAAGUUAAUUGCUAGUUCUAUUGUAUUUUAUCGUUCUUUCUUA